AAUUUCUCAAUACACACACACAAAACACACUCUGACAUCCAUACCAACACACCCACAAAAUUUUAGCUGCAUCAUUUAUUCAGUUGGCCUGCAGUGCUCUAUAAUACAGCAAAUAGAAAAUAGGAAAAAAGCAUGUAUUUGCUCCAUAGGCUAAACAUGAGAAAAAUGGUGCCAUCUGGUCGAAAAUAUAAAAAAUUUACAUUUUAAGCCAGGGCUCCGGAAUGAAAGCAUAAUAUCAUAGAAUUCAUGAUUUUAUGCUUUAAUGGCACUGGGAUCAAAUAUUGCAGUUUUAAUGGGUUUCAAUGGGGACAUUAUAGGAACUGAGGUUGAAAUAUCAAAAUUCCCCCCAAAAUACAGACCUUUGGCCAAAUUUAUGCCACUGGCAUUAACAUAGACAAAAUGAUCAACAAAACAAAAAAAUGAAAAAGACAAAAAUGUCCCGAAGGUUGCACAAGGGUUAAUAAAAAUCUUGUUUGAUCAUCUGAUAUGGUGACAUCAGAUAUCAGCUGAGCUGAGAGGAGGAUGCUGCAUGCUGAUGUAACUCUGCUUGUCGGACAUAGCUUAAACGUCAACACAAAAAGGAACUUCAGUUUGUUGGAGGAUGGCGAUUGUGAAAAGCGGAUGGCUGCACAGACAGAGCACCAUCUUGCGUCGCUGGAAGAAGAAUUGGUUUGACCUCUGGUCAAAUGGACGUCUGGUGUUCUACAAUGACCAGCAGCGGCGAGACAUGGAAGACGAGAUCCACAUGAGGGUGGACUGCAUCAACAUUCGCAACGCCAACGCCUGUAGAGAUCUCACCCCACCUGAUGGCAAAAGCAAAGAUUCUCUUCUGCAGAUCGUUUGCCGGGACGGUCGUGUCAUUAGCAUCUGCGCAGAUAGUGCAGAUGAUGCUUUGGCUUGGUCCAUGGCUCUCCAGGAUGCCAGAGUGAAUACUGUUUUCUAUCCUGACAGAUAUGGAGGGAAUGUACAACAUCCUCCACCUUAUGCAGCACAGAUGGUCUACUCGGCAGAUGGACAGCAGUAUGCAGUUGCCUACACUUAUCAUUAUCAAGGGCCUUACACUUCCGGUGUUAACCACGUUAUAGUGCAGGAGCGUCGUCGUGAUGAUGCAGGCGAUGUCGCUCUCGGGAUGUUUGCUGGCGCUGCGACGGGAUUGGCUCUCGGCUCUCUAUUUUCUGUAUUUUAAUAUCUCAUCCCAACCCCACCUCGGGAAACUGUUCAUAUGCCAUUUUAACUGUAUCUUUACGCCUCUGCAACCUAUUACGUCUGAUAAUGUAGCCAGGCUGGAAAUGUUUAUUACUCAAAUUAGUCUUUGUACCAAAGCUUAAUUGUACUUUCUGAUUAGGCACAGAAAAAAAAAAGAAAAAUCCAUAUAUGGAGAUGUACACUUAAAUAUUUAAUCUGCCUAAAUGUAUCAUGAUAAUCAUUAAAGUUUAAAGAUCACCCAGUUUUGCCAGCUCUCUUGGUUGAAAAAGGCAAA